AUGGCGCCUUCCAAGAAGUCGUCGUCUACUAAGAAGACAUCGGGUUUGAAGCUGCUGAUGACCAAAUUGAAGCAGAUUGACUCCGCUUUCAACGAUAUCCGUCGGUUCGCCGAGAAAAUCCAGGAAUCUACUUCCUCCACCCAAAUCCUGCUUCGGCUGGAGAAAAUCGAUGACCUGUGGGAGAGGUAUGGUGUAACUCUAGUGGAAAUCCAAUCUCACGACGAUUUCGAAGAGCAAGAUGAAGAGGGUGAUGAUCCACUCGAAAGCGGUAGUACACUUGAUAAGCAGAGACAAGAGUUUAGUGACCGUUACUAUGAGGUUAAGUCAAUUUUAACAGAUCAGGUUAAGGAAAGGCAGGAACCAGCUAGUUUGAAUCAAUCCAUCCGCGGUGAUCUUCCAACGUCAGUCACGCUUGAUCGUGUCAGACUACCGCAGAUUAAGCUGCAAACCUUCAACGGAGAGAUAGAAGACUGGUUAAGUUUUCGGGAUCUGUUCACUUCCUUGAUCCAUUGGAAGACAGAUCUGCCCGACGUGGAAAAGUUUCAUUACUUAAAGGGUUGUCUACAAGGGGAACCGAAAACUUUGAUCGAUUCGCUCCAGAUCACAGCUGGAAACUACCAGGUCGCAUGGGGAAUGUUGAUCAAGCGGUACAACAACAGCAAGCUAUUGAAAAAGCGGCAAAUUCAAUCUCUCCUCAAAUUACCCGGCCUCACCAAGGAAUCCGCCUUUGAACUGCACGCUUUAGUCGAAGGUUUCGAGAAGGUCGUGCAAACUUUGGACCAGAUCGUACAACCGGUCGACUACAAGGACCUCCUACUAGUGAAUCUGUUGACGUCUCGCUUAGAUCCAUCCACUCGUCGCAGCUGGGAAGAGUUCUCUUCGACUAAAGAUCAGGAUACACUGAAGGAACUCACAGAAUUUCUCCAACGACGAGUUCGUAUUCUGGAAUCCUUACCUUCCAAGGUUGCAGAUGCUACCAAAUCAUCCCAUCUACCUCCAUCUAGGCAUAAGGGCUCUGCAGUGAAGUCUAGUUUCAAUUCCGUCCAAGCUUCCGGAGUGCGAUGCCUAGCCUGUACUGGGAACCAUCCUCUGUUCCAGUGUGGCACUUUUCAACGAAUGUCAGUGACGGAUAGAGAUUCGUUGCUACGGUCGAAUUCGUUGUGCAGGAAUUGCUUCAGACAGGGCCACCAAGCCAAGGAAUGUCAGUCGAAGUAUUCCUGCAGGAAUUGUAAGGGACGACAUCACACGUUGGUCUGCUUUAAACCUGAAAGGGACUCCAACCCAAGGGCACCAACCAAAGGCAGCAACGUGGCCAAGGAAACUCCAGAAGCUAUGUCUACUUCCACUCAAUCGGUAUCCAAUAUCGCUCCUCCCCAAGUAGCUAACCUGGCAGCUACUGACAGCUUGGUAGCCGGCACAGUGCACCAAUGCUCGUCGAAGGUUUUAUUGGCGACAGCAGUUGUCGUUGUUCAGGAUAACGACGGCAAUAGGAUGCUAGCUCGCGCUCUUCUCGAUUCAGGAUCGGAGAGUAACUUUAUCACCGAACAUCUCAGCCAGCGUUUAAGGGUUUCUCGUAGCAAGGUGGAUAUUUCGGUUCUUGGCAUUGGUCAGGCAGCAUCCAAGGUCAAACAAAGGAUUGUGGUAACGAUUCGUUCCCGGCUGUCGGAAUUCUCGCGCCAGAUGGCCUUCCUGGUACUUCCGAAGGUAACAGCCAACCUACCAACCGCUAGCAUCAACAUCACCGGCUGGGCGAUACCGGAAGGAAUCGAGCUCGCUGACCCAUCAUUUUGUGUCUCGUCGGGAGUGGAUCUCGUUCUGGGAAUUGAAGCAUUUUUCGACUUCUUCGACUCUGGCAGGAAGAUCUCAUUUGGAGAGCGACUUCCGACCUUACAGGACUCCGUUUUCGGUUGGAUUGUCAGCGGAGGAUUCGCAGAAGGAAAUCAGGGUUUGCAUAUCAACUGCAACACUGCAAGUACGGGUCGCUUGGAGGAACUACUUACUCGUUUCUGGUCCAUGGAGGAGGUAGACUCCAAGAACAAUUAUUCCCCGGAAGAGACUCGCUGUGAAGCUAUUUUUUCGAGUACAGUACAGCGAGGAGCGGAUGGCAGGUACUCUGUAUCGCUUCCCAAAGAUGAAAACGUCAUUUCUCGGUUGGGCGAGUCUAAGGAGAUCGCAUUCCGACGUUUUCUAGGCACCGAGCGAAGGCUUUCUAAGGACGUAAACCACCGGAAUCAGUACGUCGCCUUCAUGGAGGAGUACGUACAAUUGGGGCACAUGCGGAAGGUCAUAGAUGACCAAGGAUCGAUCAAACGCUGUUUUCUUCCGCAUCAUCCGGUAGUAAAAGAGGCCAGCACCACCACCAAGGUCCGUGUGGUGUUCGACGCUUCAUGCAAAACGUCUACGGGACUGUCGUUGAAUGACGCAUUACUGGUAGGGCCUGUAAUACAGCAGGACAUUCGAUCCAUCAUCCUGCGCUGCUGUACGAAGCAGAUAAUGCUAGUUGCUGACGUGGAAAAAAUGUUCCGUCAGAUAUUUGUUCUUUCUGUUGAUCGACCACUCCAGUCCAUCUUCUGGCGUCGUUCACCAUCAGAGGAAGUUGAAAUUUACGAGCUAAACACCGUCACUUAUGGAACAAAACCGGCUCCGUUCCUUGCAACUCGCUCACUCAACCAAUUAGCGAUGGAUGAAGGAAGGCGAUAUCCGUUAGCAGUCAAGGCAAUCACAGAGGAUACAUAUAUGGACGAUGUCAUCACCGGUUGCGACAACCUAGAAGAGGCCAAGAAGUUGCAGAACCAACUGGAUAAGAUGACGAGUAGCGGUGGUUUUCGGCUCAGGAAAUGGGCAUCCAACUGUGCAGAGGUCCUGCACGAUAUCUCCGACGACAAUCUAGCGAUUCGUCCGGCGGACGGCAUCAAUCUCGAUCCAGAUCCGUCAGUAAAGGCUUUAGGUUUAACUUGGCUGCCCGGAAAAGAUGUCUUCCGCUUCCAGCUUGAUGUUCCCGCGGUCGAUUCCGAUGAAAUUCUCUCCAAACGCAAGGUUUUGUCGAUCAUCGCUACGUUGUUUGAUCCGCUAGGAUUUAUCGGUGCUACAACGACAGCUGCAAAGGUGUUCAUGCAGCUUUUAUGGACGUUGGAAGAUGAAAAUGGCAAGAAGUUAGAUUGGGACCAGCCGUUACCUUCGACGGUGGGUGAGUCCUGGAGAAAACUUCAUAUUCAGCUACACAUCCUUAACGAAAUUCGGAUAGAUCGUUGCGUGAUCAUUCCCAACGCAGUGAAGGUAGAGGUCCAUUGUUUUUCGGAUGCGUCGAAGAAGGCAUAUGGUGCAUGCCUCUACGUGCGAAGUCAAGAUCAGGACGGGAAUAUGAAGGUUAGACUCCUAUCGUCGAAAUCCAAGGUCGCUCCUCUUAAAACUCAAUCCAUACCGAGGUUGGAGCUUAGCGGUGCAUUGCUUGCUGCUCAACUUUUCGAAAAGGUACGUGAAGCUACAAAUCUUCAAGGCGACACAACAUUUUGGGUGGAUUCUACGUGUGCUUUGCGAUGGAUCCAGGCUCCUCCGUCUACGUGGUCAGUAUUUGUCGCAAAUAGGGUUGCUAAAAUCCAGGCGAUCACAGAAGGUUGUGACUGGAGACAUGUAGCAGGUGCUGACAAUCCGGCAGACUUGAUUUCGAGGGGAAUAGGACCGAAGGAUAUCAUCAACAAUGACUUCUGGUGGCAUGGACCGAGCUGGUUAACUAAAGAGCGGAACAACUGGCCAAUUUCGGAUCCUGCUCCGGCAGAAGAAGGAGAGGAAGAAAGAAGGCGUACUACAAUUGUCGUUACAGCGUCAGCAGUUGCUGAUUUCAACGAAGGGUUCAUCUCCACAUCGAACUCCUACACGACGUUGAUUCGUCGCGUUUCUAUUUGGCUGCGGUUGAUACGAUCGCUUCAGACACCGGAAAAUCGUCCAACUGGGUUUCUAAGAGCGGAAGAGCUACGGCAAGCAGAAUAUACGUUGAUACGAAAGGUACAGGAAGAGGUAUUUCCGGCUGAGCUACGAGCCGUUCGGAAGAAGGAACCUGUCAGUAGAACGUCUCCACUUCGCUGGUAUCAUCCUUAUGUUUGCGAGAAUGGCAUUCUAAGAGUCGGUGGACGUUUGCGAUGGUCUUUGAACAUUACCAUCUUCGUUUGCUCCACGCCGGUCCGCAACUUCUGCUUGGAACGGUUCGGCAACGCUACUGGCCUCUCGGAGGAAGAAACGUUGCAAGGCAGGUUGUCCACCAAUGUGUAA